GUACCCACUUCUCCUUUGACGUACUUAAACACAAUGGCGCGACAUUUCCGGACAGAACUAUUGCUUACUUCGCUUGAAAAAUGCGAGGAGUUGUUGGAUCGCCCAGUAUUCACUGAUAAAGCCGGUGUUGCGGUGCUUGGCUCUGCUCUGUUUCCUUUCGCCGUUUUUGAGACAACUGACAGGACCAAGGAGCUGCUGGACGACAUCAGACAAAUUUUCACGCGAAGCAAGCUCGUGACCGACUGCACCGAACAGGUACUCAUGCGUGCAUAGUGACAACAUAACACUUGACAAUGACGAAGCUGUAUGGGACAAUAUGCACAGGACCGACAAGGGCGCACGGCUGCCAUACACGGUGUGACUGGCGUGGACAAACGGCCCUUUGAUGAGCACUGGCUCCACGUCUCGUCCCCGUCUACAAGGAAGACAAUGUACACGGAGAAUACGUCUGCCAUACAUGCCUCCGGACUGGGGCACUUCUGGUCCCGAGAAGUACGACGCAUCUCGCGCGCUGCCAUUGGAGAAGUUGUUGGCAUCACUUCAGGCUGACUUGCAGCUGUUCAAGGACGACACUCUAUUUGAGGCAUGCAAGGGCGCAGACACGUCCUUCUACCUUGGACCCAACCGGGGCAUGUGUGACGUGCUUGCAGGCACCAAGCACUCCUUCACUGGCAGCCACGAGGACUACCCCUUUUCUGCCCCAAGUGCACUCAUCGUCAUGACGGGUGAGAAGAUGUUCUGGACUGCGCCGGGCUCCUUUAGGCAGUUGCUAGAGGGCUGCACCAAGAAGGCCGACAUGGACCUGCUGCUGACAUCAAUGAGGCUCAUCACUCCUGCCAUCCUCAAGCAACUGCACGCUGCCUUUGGCGGACAUCUGGUAACACUCGGCCCAAUGGGCGGCGUGUGUGCACGCAACCGCGCUUGGUGCCGCUGAGAAGAGAGUUGCAGACGCACGUGCGUUCGUGAUGGAACUCUGGGAGAAACGGCGCAACAGCACCCUGGCCAAGGGCGAGGGUGAAGGUGACGAAGAGGGUGAGGGCGAGAGUGAGAGCAAGGGUGAGGGUGGGAGUGGGAGUGGGGGUGAGGGGGGCAGCACCAGCAAGAGCUCGAGUGAGGGUGAGGAUGAGAGCGCGGAUACGAGCACAAGCGUGGGUGAGGGUCAGGGUGGCACAGGUGAUGAUUGGGACGAGGAGGAGGAGAGAGAGAAGGUGGUGCGGCGGCUACUUGCCUACGAGUUCGCAGAUAGCGAGGAGGCAGAGUUCCGUGGUUACAGCAACCUGUUCAACAAGGGAUGGGCAAACUGGAUUGAGGCACGGAUACGGGACGAUUCCAUCCUGUUUGGGUAUGGGAAUGCGGAGGAGAUGAGGGCAGCACAUGAGCGCCUGGAACUGGUCAAGGGCCUGCUAGAGGAUGAGUCCCGUCCCCUAGGCACGCUCCUUUGCAUUGGUGCCGACACAGCAUGGGCAAGGCGGCAACUAACUGUGGUGAAGAAUGCACUGCGGGUGUCGAGGAAGAGGAAGGCAUAAGUUAGGAGGUGGGGCCACCAGGCGGUGGAUUGAUCAAAGUGAAGGUAGACGGUGUGCCAUGGAUGGUGGCUGGGGGCAUUAGGGUGUGUAAGAGUGGCGGCCGAGGGUGUGGGGUGGGCCAUCCACCACAAUAGGAGCAGGGGUACCUGCUGAACGGUGUAAUAGAAGGGAAAGUACUUGACGCCCCGUACAGCACACGAAUCACUAGCAGAAUACGCCAAAUCUAUCCCUUUGGGAUUCCGGGGAACCCCGGCUACGGGGAAGUUUCGCCCCCCUUCCGGGAAAGUUUUGGCCCCUUACGGGAAAGUUCAGCAUUUUUCCGGGAACGGAUUUUUUUCCGGGGAAGACCUUUUCCCAGAGUGGGUGCUCGCCGAGAUGUUAAAAUGCCGACAAGCGAAAUGUCGCCAACUCCACGGCGACGCUCCUGAACCGCCAGAAACCUAUUCCAUAGCAGUGUCGAGUUCCAAAGCACAAGCCGGCAUAGGCUGAAGGGCGCUGGAGAGGGAGUGUCGCGCUACAGCUGCAAAGUGGACUGACGAAAAACGAGCACGCCCACAAAUGCAAACUGCUUCACAGUGGUUCGUAGGCCUUAAGAAGCCUAAAACAAAAGGAAGCAAGUCAAACAGCGCGAGAGAAAUGACGUUGACUGUUUCAAAGCUGUGCAGAAGGAAAGGAGGAUGCAAGAAUAGCAAGAGAAGAGAGUAAAAAAAAGUAUGACCGGGUGCACCGGCAGUGGCUGUAUGCGUCCGCGGAGGGACUUGGGUUUGGGCCGCGCAUGCUGCGCUGGAUCCGCCUGCUCACUGCCAACGGCUCUGCCCGCGGGUGUGUGAACGGGAUGCUCUCUGACGCCUUCCCAGUGCUGAACGGCUUGCCGCAGGGCAGCACCGCCUCACCACCCCUGUGGGUCAUCCAGAUGCAGCCACUGACGUCCUUUCUGCGGCAGCAGGUGGAGCAAGGGGCACUGCGCACGCCCCUGUUACCCAGUGGCGAGCAGGCGCCACCUUUUUUUUU